AUAAAAUUAAAUAUUAAGAAAUAAUAAAAAGGGAAUAAUCCGUUUAAAUAAAAUUAAAGAAAAAGAAUACGCAAUAUUUAUUCAAAACUACAAACAUUUGAAGAAUCUUAACAAAAUUAAAAUAACAAUGUUUAAGUCCACCUUACUAGCCAACACUGCUGCAUUACUGCUGCUGCUUCUAAUCACAACUACGCCAGCUUAUGCAGCUGCCAUAUCUUUUAAUCCCGAUCUAUUGUGCACCUAUAUAGCGAAUAAUACCAGAAUCAAAGAUCCCAGUGCCUGUAACAAAUAUAUAACGUGUGUAGAUCAAAAGCCCAUAUCUGGUACGUGUGAGGGUGAUCUUUUCUACGAUCGCAAUACACGCAGUUGUGUGCCACCUAAUUCCGUCAAAUGUUACUCCAGCAAUCCGUGUGCUGCCACGCCCGGUGUUAAUGGUUUCGUCUCAGAUCCUUAUACUUGCAGUGGCUAUUACUAUUGUCAAAAUGGCAAGGGUUCACAUGGUGCCUGUUCCAGUGGCAUGAAUUUCAAUCCAGUUACCAUGAAUUGCAUUAGGAACUAUCCCUGUGAGGUGAAAAUGUUGCCCGAAGACUAUUGCAAUAUUGUGCCCGAUGGUGUGUUCAUCAAGGUGCCCAACUCCUGUACGGCCUAUCAAAUGUGCUGGCAUGGCGAACUGAUAAAUGGCACCUGUCCGGAAACGUUUUAUUUCAAUGCCCUCCAGGGUGAUUGUGAUUAUCCCACGGAGGUGGAUUGUCUGGAGACCACCACAGUGCCACCUAAAAAACCCGAAGAUGUGAAAUGCAUUGAGGCAGGUGUUUUCAUAUCGGAUGGGGUCAGCUGUAAUGGUUAUUAUUAUUGUAAAGAUCAUGCAGAUAAUGACAGCAUAGAUCUGGUACAUGGUGUAUGUCCCUUUGAACGAUUCUUUGAUGCUAGCAAUGGUGGUGCCUGUGUGGUACGCACUAAUAUAUCCUGCCCUUACAAUCGCUGCGUUACUUUUGGCUAUCACAAUAUCCAAUUGGCCAAUAUCAAUGAUGAUGGUUGCACAGGAUUCUCGAUAUGUCAAGAUGGGGAAAUCAUUGGCCAAUCUGAGUGUCCCAGUGGAGAGUACUUCAAUGAGUUGCUGCAAUUGUGUACCACAGAGGUAGUUUCCUUUCCGGCCUGUGCCCGAACAUCAUCAACCACUGUGGCAGGUCAGAGGGAAACUACUACCCAGUCUAGUUUAUUAACCACUACUUAAGCAGCAGCUGUCUGAAAAAGCGGGCUUUUGUCAGCAACUAUACUUUAGG